ACAAAGCGUCUGACCUCGAGUCUAAAUAUGUAUCACGGGUGUAGGAGUGACGGACGGUGCGAAGCCGUGUUUACUAUCGUUUACUACGCUUUCUUGUGCAGCCAGUUACUGUAAAAUGUACGCAGGUUCAGAUUUUCGAGUUUCAUGACCAGUGCUGGACAAGUCUACAAAUUGGAACACACACAACUCCAACUGAGCGCAACGUCGCAACUAGUGCGUCUAAACAGGGUGUUUGAUGGAAGUAUCCUGGCUCGAGCAACAAGCGCACUAUGAAAAAUAGUCCGUACAAGAGGAAAAUAUCCUCUUGACGACAUUGUUCAUCGUUUAGAAGAGUGUUCUAGUGAUGAACCUGGCGCCUAAAACGAAAGUAGAAGUCUUGAUUAGGGGAGUUGCGGACGAAGAAGCGCUUAUAAACAAGAAACUGCCAAAAGAGCUGUUGCUAAGGGUGUUCUCGUACCUUGAUGUUGUCUCCCUGUGCUCGUGUGCCCAGGUUUCAAAACUAUGGCACGAGCUGGCAUUGGAUGGGAGCAACUGGCAGAAAAUCGACCUCUUCAAUUUCCAGACAGACAUCGAAGGUCCAGUUGUAGAGAACAUUUCGAGGCGUUGUGGUGGAUUUCUCAAAAAGCUCAGCUUGCGAGGCUGUCAGAGUGUGGAAGACGACUCGCUCAGAACAUUCGCGCUAAGUUGCAACAACAUCGAAGAUCUUAACCUGAACGGCUGCAAGAAACUGACAGACAGCACAUGUCAAAGCCUUGGCAAGUGUUGCCCUAAGCUGACCUCCCUAGAUCUGGGUUCAUGUUGCCAGAUCACAGACUUAUCCCUGAAAGCAAUCGGGCAGGGAUGCCUCAACCUAGAACACUUGAAUAUUUCGUGGUGCGACCAAGUUACAAAGUACGGCGUUGAAGCUGUAGCGGCUGGAUGCCCACGUUUGCGGACUUUCAUCAGCAAAGGCUGUCCUCUCGUUAACGAUGAGGCCGUUUCGCAGCUUUCCCUCUUCUGCAAUAAUCUGCAGACCCUGAACUUGCAUGAAUGCAGUCACAUCACUGACAACGCGAUCCAGUGCGUGAGCCAGCAAUGUCAGCGGCUUCAUUUCUUAUGUGUGUCGAACUGUUCUCAGCUAACUGAUGCGUCCCUGGUAGCCCUGGGUCAGGGCUGCCACGGACUAUGCACUCUUGAGGUGGCUGGUUGCACUCAGCUGACGGACAGCGGUUUUCAGGCUCUAGCCCGGACUUGCCACCUUCUCGAGAAGAUGGACCUGGAGGAGUGUGUACUCAUUACAGACAAUACGCUGUUGCACUUGGCCAACGGCUGCCCCCGCCUGCAGCAGUUGAGUCUUUCACACUGCGAGUUGAUAACGGAUGAAGGAAUCCGUCAUCUGGGGAUGAGCAGCGGAGCCGCCGAAAACCUCAUUGUUCUCGAACUCGACAACUGUCCCCUUAUCACUGACACUGCACUGGAGCACCUCGUUACCUGUCAUAGUCUUCAGCGCAUUGAACUCUAUGACUGCCAGCUAAUAACACGUGCGGGCAUUCGUAAACUACGCAGUCAGUUGGGCAGCGAUCUUAAGGUGCACGCUUACUUUGCCCCUGUCACGCCCCCUCCCUCGGUCGGUGGUGGGCGACCCCGUUACUGUCGCUGCUGUGUCGUCCUCUGAGGUAAUAGCACCUGCCCUCGGCAAUAAGUGGGGGUGGCGAUAGUGUAAGUGCAGUGGAGAAGAGACACGGCUGCGCUGUCAAUUAAAUGCCAAAGGAUGCUACUUAACGAGCCAUCGGAAUAGUUAAGUAGACGUGCUAGUGACUGUUUCGAGGAAAAAUGACUGCUUAACUAUGUAACAGGUGUUCUUGUUGUAGUUCACAUAGCUCCUGCAGCACUUUAAAGCACUGCAAACAGGAACACUGUCAGAACCUGAUCAACACAACUACUCAGGUUGCCCUUGCACUAUAGCACAAUUUGCAGGGAUUUUACCCAUUCCUGCUGGAACCAGCAUGUACUGAGAAAAUAUUACGUACUUGACACCGUGUCUACUGCAAUACGAGGCUGCAGUAGAGAGCUUAGCUCCAGAUUAGUUCUACCAAUACUGUGAACAAUUACUCAAGAGACUUUGUCAAGAUCUUGCUCUGUACUCUUUUAAGCAAACACUCUGCUGUCUGAGAUUAAAUAUUAAACACAA